AUGACUAACUGUUCCACAGUUCCUGGAUUCAUUCUCCAGGGCUUCUCAGUCAUUCCUGAAGUGCAGACUUUUAGUGCUACUAUCUUCCUCUUUAUCUACAUAUUCUCUGUGCUUGGAAACAUCUCCAUCAUCACAGCAGUAAAUCUGGAUUCUCAUCUGCACACACCAAUGUACUUUUUCCUCAAGCAUCUAUCAUUGAUUGAUAUGUGCUCCACCUCUACUACACUUCCCCGGGCACUCUUUGCUGCCCUGGCUGGUGCAGAAGUCAUCUCUCUCCCAGGAUGUGCAUCUCAACUUUUUGUUUUUGUCUUCUGUGGUGCCACUGAGUGCUUCAUCAUUACCAUCAUGGCCUAUGACCGCUGUCUGGCCAUCUACCAGCCUUUGACCUAUGGAGUCACCAUGACCCAACAGCUCUGCUGUACACUGGUUUGUGUGGCCUGGGUAUGUGGGCUGCUCUUUUCCUCCUUCCACACAGCCAAUACCUUCACCCUCUCUUUCUGUGAUCCCACUGUGGAACAUUUCUUCUGUGACAUCCCACCACUCUUACGAUUGGCAUGCACUGAUCCUCAAAAUCAUGAAAGAGCUGGUUUUCUUGUUAGUGGCUGUGUCAUCAUGAGCUGCUUUGCACUCACUGUCCUUUCCUAUAUCCGAAUCCUAGUCACUGUGGCCCAUAUCCGGUCAGCAGAAGGCCGCCAGAAAGCCUUUUCCACCUGUUCCUCCCACCUCAUCACAGUAGUCCUCUUUUAUGGGACUGGCAGUUCAGCUUACAUGCGGCCUGCUAAUGGCUAUUCCCCACUUCAGGGGCGCCUUGCUGCCAUAUUUUACUCCAUCCUCACCCCUACUCUGAACCCUAUUAUCUAUAGUAUGAGGAACAGAGAUAUGAAGGCAGCCCUACGGAAACUGUUUUGCAUUCAUGGACCAUAA